AUGUCGAAGCGCAAUCUCUCUCCCGGCCUCUUGCCACCCACCAAGCGUUUACACACCUCCACAGGCCACCAACGACCAACCAAUCGUCUCAAUUUUGAUAAUUCACUUUAUGACGAGCUUAUCUUGUGUAUUUUCUCACAUCUCUCGUGGAUAGACCUCUGUGCAGCACAAGCGACGAGCCGGAAUUGGGCCAGACUGGCUACUGACAAUGAAAUAUGGAGAAAGCUCUACCUCAGGACUUAUGGUCGCGCACGUCUUCGUGGAACAAGGGGCUUCGUCGGACGUCCUGAUGGACGGGACAUUAAACCGUUGCCUGGGCGGGCGAAGCCGGAAGACCGUAAAGACUGGAGGCAGAUGUUUCGUAUUAGCACGAACUGGAGAAGAGGCCGAUGCAAUGUUGUACGGCUGAAUUUGUUAACCCCAUGUCAACAUGAUUUCGACAGGCCACACUGCAUACAUAUGCUUCUAGCUGGCUCCUUGACUAUCACAUCAUCUUCGAAGCCGUCUGAACAUCCCAAAAUCGAUAUCCGUGGACCCUCGGGUAAUGACCAUGCCGUACUUUGUGACUCGAGACUUCCCGGAGAAUAUAGCAUUACCGCACUGGCUUUGGAUCAAUCCCCGCCAAUAUCCAGUUACAUACGCUUUGCGGUUUUCCUAUCCACCGGCGAAUUUACUGUGUUUCAAAUUUUGCACAACCAACCGAUAUCUCCAACUAGAAAGCUGGUUUACGUCCCUACUCAACAAAACGACAGGAUCUCGCCCAUUAUUCAAGCUGUAUACAAUCAUCCACUUCUUGUCACGCUCUCCCAAUCAUUUGCUCUCUGCAUAUAUGAUUUGUCAUCAGAUAUUGCUCGACGCACGCAAACGCUGACCUCCUUCACGUCAUUCCCGCCUUCCUCUCUUGUACUAUCUACCCCAACGUCUACAACAUACAAGCUCGUUUUGGCAUAUUCAAUACCUGUCUACCCAUCGCAUUGGUCAGUCGGUGCGACCGAGCUUAUUAUAUCAGCUGCUCAGGCUUCUCCUUUGUCUCCCCCUGCUCUCUCGUCAUUCUCCGAACACCUCAAGCAUCCGAUUGCGGAUGCGAUGACCGUUAUCUCAACGCGUACCACACGAGCUCUUGAUGUACCAUCUGGAUGGAUAGACGAGUACAAACUUCGACUCAUGCGGGAGCAGUGGAAUCGCAAAGUUUCUCAAGUCUCUGACACUCAAACAGAUGGCAAAUGGGUGGUAUUGGCUCCAGAAGACCCUUCUGAUCAAAGCAAUCCAUCUUGGCGCUCAAAUACACAUUCUACAUCCUCGUCAUCAUCGGAUUCCCCAACGUCAAAACUCGGCCCUUUGCGUUCACCCACAAGCUUACAACUCUAUCGGCUCAGUCUACCGACGCAAUCUGCGUCUAUAUCGGCCUCUCCCCCCAAGCUUACUUUCGUACGGACCUUGCAUGGACCUUGCGGUCCUGUUGCCGCAAUGGCACUCGCAGACGGUAGAUGUGUCAGCCUGAGUCACAAUGGUGCCAUCUGGGUUUGGGAUCUCGAAGGUGGAACGAGCGCAGAGGUUGCUGCUGGCGAUGGUUCCGAGAUAGGCAGCCUUUCUACGGCAUCCAAAGGUACGGUGUCUUUUGAUGAGAGACGGAUCAUCAGUGCCAGUGCGGGGAAUAUCGUGGCCCGAACAUUUGACAUAUGA